CUGUGGAAACACAACACACAAUGUGCUGCCGCCACUGGGAGGGCGGACGGAUGCAAUGCAGAACACACACCACACCACGCACCAAACACAUCGAGACAGAGCACAAGCUGUCUCCUGACGACAACAACAGAGAACGCAGCAGCCCCUGUAGUAACAGAAAGAAGAGAUCCACCAGAAGAACCCCUCUCACUCCUCUCCUCUCCCUAGGACCGCAGCUCUGAAAUGGGCUGCUCCUCGGGACGCCAACCCCCGGCCCUGGUGCUUCAACCAGACCUGGACUGUGGCAGCAGCAUACCUCCGGAGUCUCCCCAUAGAGGGGACCUGGUCCAACCCCCAGAGUCUCUCUCCACACUAGAACGACUAGCCCAGGCCACUGGCGGCACGGAGAAGUCUUGGUACCGCUGUGUGUUCCCAUUUGGGGUGAUCUCCCUGGUGAUUGGUGUGGCGGGGACAGGGGUCACCUUCAUGUAUAACACGCCAGACCUGCACCAGACCAAAGUGGUGUCCAUGGUGUUGCUGGUGGUUGGGAUGGUCAUGCUGUUGAUGGCGGCAGUCUGCUGGAGGGACCACAGGCUGAAGAGAAGGAAGAAGAAGGAGGGAGGGUUCUUCUGCUCUGAACAGGGCACCUUGUGAGGUUUGGAGGAGGAAGAGAGAUGUAUGGAACAGAGACACAGACAGAUGAAAGGAUGGAUGGAUGGAAAGGUUGAAAAUCUGUGAGGUCUCAACCUGCCACAUGCUUCAGCGAGACGCUAGAUUUCAGGGUGGUGGAGAGGGUUGAGAGUUCCUAUAUCUUCUUUCUCUUGUUUGGAAAUAUAACCUCCUCCUUCUUUACUUUUUUACCAGGCCCCAUGUCUCUGAGGAGGUUUACUUUGUUUUUCACUAUGUGGAGGAGGGAGGGCGGUGUUUUCAGGGUUUCAAGUUCAGAGAGUUCUGUCAACGGUUAACCGUAGACCCUGAUAACCUACUGUAGCAGUAAGAUGUCCCAUCAGAACGAUGAAAUCAGACUUUGGGUGUGUACCAAAUGACACCAUAUUCCCUACAUAGUGUAUACCCUAUUCCCUACAUUGUGCAUAGUGUAGGGAAUUGGAUGCCAUUUUGGCCCAGCAUUUGUGUCCACACUUUUCAUUCAUAGUGAUUUACGAAUUUCUGCUUUCCCCUUCAGUUGACUUCGCAGUUUCCUAAAAAUGAGGACAUCACUGGAUCUGCCACAGAAUGGGCUGAGAUGUUACAUUUUUACCAGUGGUUCUUUUUCCUGCCGUGUCAGUAAUAAAUUGUGAUGAAUUGACUUGCGUGUGUGUGUAACCGAUGUAAAAUGGCUAGCUAGUUAGCGGUGGUGCGCGCUAAUAGCGUUUCAAUCGGUGACUUCACUUGCUCUGAGACCUUGAAGUAGUGGUUCCCCUUGCUCUGCAAGGGCCGCGGCUUUUGUGGAGCGAUGGGUAACGAUGCUUCGUGGGUGUCAGUUGUCUAUGGGGACGGAUGAAAGUUAAAUUGUUACAUGUGCACCUCGAAGUAGUAUGAAUUUAUAGUUGAAGGUUUCAGAUAAUGACAUCACCCUGCGACAAGACUGCUGUAAGUUUGUCAACUUGGCAUUCGUCUGUAUGAUAUUACAUGUAGGUUUGGUGCGCUCUUAGAUAUGCAGAGGUUUAUGGACUGAUACGUCAUUUGGAUGGCAUUCAUAUCACAAAUCACAUAUCACUACCUGACCUGGGUCAAAUAUAAUAUGUCAAAUACAAGCUGCGCUUGAUUUAGUAUUGUUACGUUCGUCGUAAUAAUGGUCAGACCAAAACGCAGUGCGAUAUGAGUUCCACAUACUUUAUUAUUAGUGAAACUUAACUAAACAAUAAACACACAAACUGUGUGACUACAGAGGUGCAAUGUGCACUAACUCCAAACAAUAUCCCAUAAUACACAGGUGGAAAAAUGCUACUUAAGUAUGAUCCC